GUUCUCAAUCAUAUAAAUCAUUUAAGGUCUCCAAUGAGUGCAUUUUGGGGGGAUUUGUGAGGAAACCGGAGUACUCGGAGAAAAUCCACGCAAGCAAGAGGAGAACACGCAAACUCCACACAGGCUACGGCCGGGAUUUGAACACCGGGCCUCAGAACUGUGAGGCCAACGCUCUCAUCAGCCCCCAUUGCCGUUGUGUUUUUUUCCAACACUUUUUGGAAAAAAACAAAAAACAAAAAAAAACCUCCAAUUGGAUCGUCACCUGCCUAGCAUUUAUUUAGAUGAAGUGGAUUUAUUUAUGGAAAAAUCCAACAAAAUAUAGUUUGUCUAAAAUAGAAGAGGCUUUAGUAAUCUGUUAAUUGGAUUACUCGUUGCUCCCUGAUGUCCCUUGGACUGCUUUUAUGCACAGCGACAGGUCACCGGACCAUUAAGCUCUUUUAUAGUUUUUAACCUACCUAUCUGUGAUUAAAUACAAAGAGAGUUUUUGCAUAACUUUGGAUUUAUUUCAAAAAUGGCCAUCCUUUUCUUGAACUGUAUUAUUAUUAUUGCCUGCUCCUGUGGGAUAAGUGGAGCCGACGUGAGUUCAAAUGAGAAGAUUUACUCAGAUAACAUUACUCGCAUUCUGGAUCGACUUUUGGAUGGUUAUGACAAUAGACUACGACCUGGAUCUGGAGGUGGCAUUACCGAGGUGAAAACAGACAUCUUCGUCACAAGUUUUGGACCAGUGUCCGAUGUUGAUAUGGAAUACACCACAGACAUGUUCUUUCGACAAAUGUGGGUUGACGAGCGGCUGAAAUUCGAAGGUCCGAUUGAAAUCCUGCGGCUGAACAACCUCAUGGUAGACAAGAUCUGGACCCCGGACACCUUUUUCCGAAACUCCAAAAAGUCAAUUUCCCACAACAUGACCACACCUAACAAGUUGUUCCGAAUCAUGCAAAACGGGACUGUCCUCUACACAAUGAGACUGACAAUAAGUACAGCGUGUCCAAUGAAUCUUAUGGACUUCCCCAUGGAUGGCCACGCUUGUCCUCUCAGGUUUGGAAGCUAUGCUUAUACCAGCAGUGAAAUUAUUUUCACUUGGAGGAAGGGGCCUAUAAAGUCUGUCGACUGUCCCAAAGAGUCCAUGAGCCUUUUGGAAUACGAUCUGGUGGGACAAACACUGUCAAACGAGAUUUUCAAGUCAAACACAGGUCACUACUCUGUGCAGGUGGUCCAUUUCCACCUCCAGAGGAAGCUGGGCUACUACCUCAUUCAGACGUACAUUCCACUUAUCAUGGUUGUCGUGCUGUCGCAAGUCUCUUUCUGGAUCAAUAAGGAGUCUGUUCCUGCACGUACAGUCGCCGGCAUCACGACAGUGUUAACAAUGACUACCUUGAGCAUCAGCGCCCGCCAGUCGCUCCCCAAGGUGGCCUACGCCACAGCCAUGGACUGGUUCAUCGCCGUGUGUUUUGCCUUUGUGGCUUCAGCGCUCGUCGAGUUUGCAGCAGUCAACUACCUUGCCACGCUGCAGGCCAACCGCCUGAAGAAGACGAAAGCCCGCCAAGACAAGCUCGAGGUUUUGGCUACCGCGAGUGACGACGAAGACCCCGUUUCGGAGUCCAACAUCAGCAGUCAAGAAGGCCUGAAGAGGAGAAACCACUCUCUGUGUCCCAGUGAAGUGGUCGAGGCUCCACCUGUGCCAAUAUUCCUUCAGCAGGGCUCGGCUUUCCCUCAAAUCCCGGAGCUGGCCGGCACCAGCCCCGUUGACAAGUACGCCCGCAUCCUCUUCCCCUUGACCUUUGGUCUCUUCAACCUCGUCUACUGGUACAUCUACCUGGGCAAGGACACCAUGGAGAGAGCCAGGGACGUGGAUCCAACCUCUUGAAAGCAAGAGGAGCAAGGAAAAAGGGCACGUGCAGAGCCAGAGACCACCCUCCCCCUCCGCCACCCCCCCCCCCUCUGAAGCUCUCACCAUUUGUUCUGCUCUCAUCUGACAGAGGAAAUGAAUCAGAAACUCAUUUAUUCUACUGCUGCACAUCUAUUCAUUUCGCAGGCUGUGACCGCUGCCCGCUUGUGUUCUGAUCAGUAGGCUGAAGAACUGCCCUUCACGGGCCUUUCAAGCCCGGCGACCCCUCAAACCAGACGAGGACGGGCUGAUAACGGGAAGCGCGCAAGACACAUGAAAAAGAAAGCGGAUGAUAUCAUCUAUGAUAGCUGCACCUGCUGGUGAUGCAAGAGUGAACCAAUGCUUUCAGAAGACUGCCCCCUAUAGAGGCACAGCCCCCACUGCAAGCACAUCAAAGUCAAUUUCCCUCUUUACGCCUCCAAAAUGUGCUCAGAGCCAAGAGAGGGGAUGCUGGGGGUGGACUUUGCAUCCCAGCUUGUUUCUAAACGACACACACAGAUGGUGAAAAAAAGUACAAGAAAUCCUUAGAAUUCAAUUUAUUUCACCUUUAAUUGGUCGCAGAAUGUAGUCUGAUCUGUAUCUAAAUCAGAUAGUACAAUGCAAAUGUUUCUCCUGAAAACAAGGUAAAUGUUCACAAAAAUAAAUGAACCCUAGGUGGUUGACACCCCACCCUCAUUGGCAGGAAUACCCUCAAGCAAACCUUUUCAGUAAUUUGAAAUCAGAUGUGCAUCAGGAGGAGUU